CUGCCAUACACAGUGAUAGAGUGAAAGGAGGAGGGUUGAGAGAGAUAAAGGGCAUCCUCUCACAUCUAUCAGGGACUUAGACACUAUCCUGAGGGAAGUGAAGUGAUCAACAGCUUCUACACACCAUCUCUUACACUAGUGUCCCUCUGUUACCACAGCCUGGUUUGGACCAGGGAUAUUCCCUCUGGAGUACACCUAUAAUAGACACUGAACUUCAAAACCUCUGGACAACCCACUCUGGCUACCUCUACCUGGAACCCUCACCAGUGUGGAACUUGUCCUGCUCAUCCAGUGGAAAUACCCACUGUAACUGGUCUACUAGGACUUUUUCAGGUCUACUCAUCUGAGGUUUCCUCACUAAAACAACCCUUGGGAUAUCCAGAAAGUACGACUCAAAAAAGUAUUAUUUCUUUCUUUGAAUUGGACUGGACAUAUCAUCUAAUAUUAUGGGACAUAUCCUAAAAAGAGGAGAAAGUAAAUAUUGCAAUGGGGCCUGCUGCUGUAAUGAUGACUAGUCUUCUGUGAACUAUGGAGAAGUCUGGUCCGAUGCUGGCUUCUACUCCUAAUCGCACAGGGGCCAACCUCACAACCAGCCUAUGGGGACCCAACCCCACAGUUCCUGCAGAGGUGGGGGUGGUCACCGGCUCCCAGUCUCAGAUCAAGGAUCUGAUUGGGCUGUUUGCAAUGGUGACCCUUAACCUCAUCGCCCUAUUGGCUAACACUGGAGUCAUGGUGGCCAUAGCCCGCGCCCCUCACCUGAAGAGGUUUGCCUUUGUGUGCCACCUGUGUGCAGUGGACCUGCUGUGUGCCAUCCUCCUCAUGCCUCUGGGCAUCAUCUCUAACUCGCCCUUCUUCGGCACUGUGGUGUUCACCGUGCUGGAGUGCCAGGUCUACAUCUUCCUCAACGUGUUCCUCAUCUGUGCCUCCAUCCUCACCAUCACCGCCAUCAGUGUGGAGCGUUACUACUACAUUGUCCAUCCCAUGCGCUACGAGGUGAAGAUGAGCAUCAACCUGGCCAUUGGCGUCAUGCUCUUCAUCUGGGUAAAGUCCAUCCUGCUGGCCCUGGUCACCCUGUUUGGCUGGCCUGCCUACGGGGCCCACAGCUCCAUCGCUGCCAACCACUGCUCCCUCCACUGGAGCCACAGUCGGCUGAGGAAGGUGUUCGCUGUGCUCUUCAGCGUGAUGUGUUUCCUGCUACCCGCCGUGGUCAUCUUCGCAGUCUACUGUAACGUGUACAAGGUUGCACGCUCGGCCGCCCUGCAGCACACACCCACACCUACCACAUGGGCCUCGUCCAACCCGGCCAAACGUCCCAACCGUUCUGACUCCAUCAACAGCCAGACAACCAUCAUCACAACCACCCGCAGCCUGCCCCACAGACUAUCCCCUGAGAUGGCCUUCAGUGGAGGUAAGGCUGCCCUCACCCUGGUGAUCAUUGUGGGUCAGUUCCUGCUCUGCUGGCUGCCUUACUUCUCCUUCCACUUGCACCUGUCGUUCAGCUCAUCCCUGCAGAGCCCCGGAGAUGUGGAGGAGGCUGUUACCUGGCUGGCCUACUCCUCCUUCGCUGUCAACCCUUUCUUCUAUGGCCUGCUCAACAGGCAAAUCAGGGAGGAGCUGGUCAAGUUCCGGCGCUGCUGCUCCUCCAGGCCGGUGGAGCUGGGUACCUCCAGCCACGAGGGCUCCCUGCAGGAGAACUUCCUCCAGUUCAUUCAGAGGUCCAGCAACACGGCCGAAACUCGCUCCAGCGGCGCCAACUCCAGCCCCAGGAACACUCUGGACCAGGGGGUCAGGAUCCCUGGACAGAUACCAGAGGAGCAUGGCUAAACACAAUGGACAACACACUUCAAUAUGGACUAUUAAGAUUGACAGCCCUCUAUUCUCGUAGCACCCAGAGUUUGUGACCUGACCAAGACAAACUCUGGGGCCUAGUUAACGCAAAAUGGCCCUGUGGUUUUUCUGAUCCGGUUAAAUGCUCAGAAAAAUACUAUACUUCAUGUAUGCCUCUGAGUAAGGGCUUAUUAUUUAUUGGUAUAAUGGGAUAUAUUCAGGUAAUGUCUCCAACACAAGAUCAUAGUGUUGUUGUUUUAAUGUGAAAUAUAAAAUUAUUGUUACAGAAUUUCAUUGACAUUACCCUUUACUGUUGUUUCAUUACAAAACUUUAUGUAAAAAUGUAUGAUUAUUUGAUGAUUAGUUUGUAUGAAUUAUAUGUUGUGAAAUAACAUUUAUUUGAGUUUACUGAUGUUUCCAAUGAACAGUGAGGAAUGCUGUAGGAAUACUGAUAUUUUCACCUUUUACAGCGGCCAUGUAAAGGUUCUUAUUAACGUUCUAUCGAUAACACAUUAUUUAAAUAAAGUGACAAGCAUCGGUACAAUAGUAACAAAAUCAAUUCAUCUUUUCUAAUAAUUCUAUCCAUCCUACAGUGAAAAACAAUGUGUCAUGUGUAAGUAUAUACAGUUGAAGUCGGAAGUUUACAUACACUUAGGUUGGAGUCAUUAAAAACUCCUUUUCAACCACUCCACAAAUGUCUUGUUUAACAAACUAAAGCUUUGGCAAGUCGGUUAGGACAUCUACUUUGUGCAGGACACAAGUCAUUUUCCCAACAAUUCCAACAACAACAAUUCCAACAAAUUUUUCCAACAAUUGUUUACAGACAGAUUUCACUUAAUUUAAAAUGCACUGUCUCACAAUUCCAGUGGGUCAGAAGUUUACAAACACAAUGUUGACUGUGCCUUUAAACAGCUUGGAAAAUUCCAAAAAAUGAUGUUAUGGCUUUAGAAGCUUCUGUUAGGCUAAUUGACAUAAUGUGAGUCAAUUGGUGGUGUACCUGUGUAUGUAUUUCAAGGCCUACCUUCAAACCCAGUGCCUCUUUGCUUGACAUCAUGGGAAAAUCCAAAGAAAUCAAGACCUCAGGAAAAAAAAUUGUAGACCUCCAUAAGUCUGGUUCAUCCUCGGGAGCCAUUUCCAAAUGCCUGAAGGUACCACGUUCAUCUGCACAAACAAUAAUAGUACGCAAGUAUAAACACCAUGGGACCACGCAGCUGUCAUACCGCUCAGGAAGGAGACGCCUUAUGUCUCCUACAGAUAAAUGUACUUUGGUGCGAAAAGUACAAAUCAAUCCCAGAACAAAAGCAAAGGACCUUGUGAAGAUGCUGGAGGAAACAGGUACAAAAGUAUCUAUAUCCACGGAAAAACUAGUCCUAUAUCGGCAUAACCUGAAAGGCCGCUCAGCAAGGAAGAAGCCACUGCUCAAAAACCACCAUAAAAAAGCCAGACUACGGUUUGCAACUGCACAUGGUGACAAAGAGCGUACUUUUUGGAAAAAUGUCCUCUGAUCUGAUGAAACAAAUAGAACUGUUAGGCCAUAAUGACCAUCGUCAUGUUUGGAGGAAAAAGGGGGAGGCUUGCAAGCCAAAGAACCUGAUCUUAACCGUCAAGCACGGGGGUGGCAGCAUCAUGUUGUUGAGGUGCUUUGCUGCAGGAGGGACUGGUGCCCUUUACAAAAUAGAUGGCAUCAUGAGAUGGCAUCAAUGACCCCAAGCAUACUUCCAAAGUUGUGGCAAAAUGGCUUAAGGACAACAAAGUGAAGUUAUUGGAGUGGCCAUCACAAAACCCUGAACUCAAUCCUAUAGAAAAGUUGUGGGCAGAACUGAAAAAGCGUGUGCGAACAAGGAGGCCUACAAACCUGACUCAGUUACUCCAGCUCUGUCAGGAGGAAUGGGCCAAAAUUCUCCCAACUUAUUGUGGGAAGCUUGUGGAAGGCUACCAGAAACGGUUGACCCAAGUUAAACAAUUUAAAGGCAAUGCUACCAAAUACUAAUUGAGUGUAUGUAAACUUCUGACCCACUGGAAAUGUGAUGAAAGAAAUAAAAACUGAAA